AAAAUGGUGCCUACCGUAAAGGACCCUUCGAGCGACUUCGCUCUCUGCGCCCGCAACGGGUCUGCCACCCUGCGGCACCAGCGGGAGAAGCGGGAGAAGGGCAAGAUGCGCCAGAGGUUCUGGGAGCUGGGGGGCAGCCGCAUGGGGAAGGCCAUCGGGGUGGAGGACAAGGCCGGGGACGAGAAGAAGGAGGCGGAGGCUAAGGAAGAGGAGGAAGAGACAGACUACAAGAAGGCGGCCGGGUUCCAGCAGCACAUGAAGAAGACGGAGGCCAACUCACACUUCAGCAAGUCGAAGACGAUGGCCGAGCAGCGAGAGUUCCUUCCGAUUUUCCAGGUCAAGGAGGACCUCCUCCGGGUCAUCCGAGACAAUCAGGUGUGGUAGGUACAUGGACGUUUUCUCUCUUAAGCUACAUGUUUAAGGUCAGUCUUUUUUUUUCUUCUUCUGCUUUCACGUUUUGUCUACAUAACAAAGUACAGUAGGUCAAGGAGGACCUCCUUCGGGUCAUAGGAGACAAUGAGGUAGCUCUGCGUCCACACAGCAGCAUGGCUCUUCAUGCGUUACACAAACGUGGACACAGGUCCAAUAGAGGUGAAUGUAGAAUAGGUUUUCUCUUAAAAGUAAAAGGGCGGACGAACAACACCAAAAACAUGUUUUUUUGGGCUAUUUGCUCCACGCCCAAGGCGACCUUUGCUCCUCUCGUGAAAGCGAUUCUACAGCCCUCUACCUUGGGUUUACAGCUAUACCACACAACAAACCGCAUCCGAAUCGCAUCAGCCAACCACGAGAUCUACAUGUCUGAAAACUGUCCCUCCAGUGGGGCUGCAGCGCCCACACCAGCAGACCCUCCCCAAAAAAAAAUAUCGAGGUCCGCGCCGUUCGGCAGCAGGAGGCGCGCUGCCCGAAAGCUGAAUCAAAACAAAAAGAAGUUUGAAGGGAGGACGGGGCAGUGUAUGGUUGCCGCGUCAGCAGAAGAUAGCACGCGGCGCUCUAUCAAACGCGGCAGCCUCACCGUCGUAGAGAGAACGCUGAAGGAAACGAAAGAAGAGUUGGUCAAAAGUAAGAAAAUUGUGGGAGAGAGCCAGGCUCAACCUCGCUGCCGCCGCCGCCGCCGCCGCCGCUGCUGCUGCUGCUGUUUUUCUCAGCAGCAGCAGCGGCGGCGGCAGGUGUUUGCGUGGCUUCACCUCCCGGCUGCUGCUCGGGUGUGUCAUGAGGCAUGUGUUCUAGAGUGGGACCGCGCAAUGGUGUUGUGCUGUGCCCCAUAGCAGGGCGCAAAGCACACAGGCGAGCCGCGCCCUCGCGCGUGUGCGUCAGAGGGUCUUUUCGGGAGGUUCCGACGGUUCCGUGCAAUUUCAUUGGUUGGUCGAUUU